AUGAUCCAACAAAGCAUAAUUUCAGCAGCCACCAGUGUUGAACCGUCUACCAUGAAUUCAUCAGGUUCUGAACUAACAAUUACUCAAUCAGGUACAAAUAAAAUUACACCUUCAGAACUGACAAGUAUUCAAUCAGGUACAAAAUCUCUUGCUGGAUGGAAAAUUGCAUUGAUUAUUGUUGGAUCGAUUCUUGGUGUUCUACUAUUAGGAGGAAUAAUUGGUCUGAUUUUAUGGAAAUGCGGUUCUAAGCCAAAAUAUCAAGCCGAAACUCCUCUGGAAUUUCGAUCACCUUCUAAUGAACAAACCAUCCGAAACUCAAUACCGCAAACUAAAUAUACUGAUCUUCGGCAACGAUCAUCAUCACCAUUUACUCAUCGAAAACAAAAACAAUCCUCAAGUCAUGAUGAUACUAUUCGACCAACAAUACCACAAAUUACAUCAACAUCAUAUGACCUUUCCAAUGGUCAAGAAGCUCGACGAAAUCAACAACGAGUACAAUCAUCAAACUAUGAACAAUAUUCUUUUCCAUCAAUGUAUGAACCAACAUCGAUAUCACCUGAUGUCAUUUAUCAACAUCAGAUACCUCGUGGUCGACAAAGACCAUUACCACCUCGUAAAUGA